AUGCCUCCCCCCUUUCAGUACUACUGCUGUAAGAGGGAGGAGUCCGCCAAGGGGGAGGAGGAGGAGGAACCGGAGCUGUCCACCAUGUCACCUUUGCACCCCCUGGCUCUGUCGGCCCCACCAACGCCGCCCACCCCGGAGCGUUACAGCGACGAACCUGAGACGUACGCGCCCACCUUCCUGACGGAGGCCAACGGGCCCGCCAGCUUCACGCCACCGCCGCCUCUGCGCCGAUGCCAGCGGGCGCACGGCUUCUGUCCGGCGUGCGCCCGCUGCACGCUGCCCUUCUACCUGCACCACCCGGAGCGGCUCUGCAACGGGGCCCGAGGGGGCUGCGGCUACCGCAGCGUGCACCAGGACCUGGAGAUGCCCACCCCCGCUCCCGACCUGACCGGCUUCUACCGCAAGCUGGACCUCAUCCGCUCAAUGGCUACGCGAGAGGGGGUCACGCGCAGCGUCAGCACCGACGUGUAG